UAUAACGAAAGAAAACCAAUCUCUUUUCUUUUCUUUUUUUUUUUUCCCCUUCAUUUCAAAUACUGAAAUACACAGGCUCUGACUGAACCAGGCUCCAUCAACCCGUUAAAAGAAGAAAGACUAAACCCCUAACCAAUGGCCGAAGCCCUAAGCCCUAACCCUAGGCCAAGGAUCCCUAUGGUCUCUCGCAUCCAAUCCCCAACAAGCCCCUUCUUCUUGGGCUCUAACGACGACAAACUCGAACGUGCCCAGGCUCGAGCCGCUCGAGCUGCCGCCAUCCGCCGCAAGUCCGUGGCUCCCCAUGCUCAGCCGCCUACUGAUCCCGAUCCCUGCCUCGCUAAAGACCAGAUUCUCGAGCUGUUCCAAAAUUGCAUCAAAUUGGCCAGUGAAAAUAAAAUUAAUCAAAAGAAUACUUGGGAGCUGAAUUUAAUAGACCAUCUUCGGGAGAUUAUCAAGGUUGAAGAAGAAAAUGAUGUGGAGACGAACUUUCAAAAGGCUAGUUGCACUUUGGAAGCUGGUGUUAAAAUUUACUCAAUGAGGGUGGAUUCGGUUCACUCAGAGGCAUACAAGGUUCUUGGUGGGAUAAACAGAGCAGGUCAAGAAAAUGAGCAAGAUUCUGUGGUGGAGAAUGCCAAUGUUGAUACUGCACAGGAAGGGAAUCCAAAGAAAGAGACAGAGAAAAAGAUGUCCCCUUUAUCAACAUUGGAAUCUUCUUUUGAGGCUCUUAAUGUAAAGAAAUUUGAUGUUGCAUUUGCAGUGGAUCCUCUCUAUCAUCAAACAUCUGCGCAAUUUGAUGAAGGUGGAGCCAAGGGUCUGUUGUUGAAUAAUCUUGGUGUUUAUGCUGGAUGUCGGGUUCUCUUUGAUUCAUUCGAAGUGCCAGGGAAGGAAAUGCCUUCUGCAAAUCAACACGAUAUAUCAGAAACAAUAGAUCUGUCUUUUGCUGGAGAAUACCUUGAGCAUAUGGUUUUGAACAUGCGAGCAAAGGAUGAGAUUUCACCGACCCUCAAGAUUAUAGUCAAUCAAUUCGAUGAAGAUAACAGAAGGCCACUGGAGAACUUUUCCUGCAGCCAGAGGUCAACGGACCAAGCUGACACUAUAAAUAAUGAAAUAGAGUUUGAUGGUGAUGCAUUUGAGAGUUUUGAAACUGAUGGUUUUGAUCAUGAUGACCAACCAAGCAUUGUUGAUGAAGAAUAUAAUGGGGCAGAGCCAACUUUUAUGAGUUAUAAUGAGGAUACUGAGCAAUUUUCUUUCAACAAUCCUGAUGGGGACAACAAAUUUAAAGAAGUUGAUGAAUAUUUGUUUCUGAGCUUGGGAUUUUCUUUGAAACAAAAUGCUUGGGCAGGUCCUGAUCAUUGGAAAUAUCGAAAAACUAAAGUGUUGAGUAUCAUAGGUUCUGAGGAUGUAUCUAAUGAAGAAAAUACAGCAGCGUUAACGGCAAAGAAAGCUAGAAAUAAGAAACAAGCUGAGCCUGAUAUUGAUUUCACAAAAGCCUUUGAUGAUGAAAUGCCAGACAUCUUUGCUCCUCCCAAAAAUCCAAAGUCAUUACUUCUGCCUUCAAAUAGAGCUCCUUGUAACACAAAGCUUCCUGAAGAUUGUCACUAUCAACCUGAGGAUCUUGUCAAAUUGUUUCUUUUACCCAAUGUGAUGAUGCAUGUUCUUUUGCAGUGCCUUGGUAGAAGAAGGAGAAGAAAGUUUUCAGAUGAAUCAAGGGAGCAGUGUGAUGAUUAUGAUCCACAGCCAUCCUGGGAAGAGCAAAGUGGAUUUGGUGGUUUUGACAAUGAAAUUGAUCAUAGCGAUGUGGAUGACUCCAGCACACUUGUUACGCAACCUCGUCAGGUUAGUAAAAUUGAAGUUCAAUAUGAUAAGACAUCUAAACAAGUUGAUGUUCAAACUUUGAAAGAAACUCUUUGGGACCGUAUACAACAAUCUCCAGAAACAUCAUUUCAGGCCCCUGAAGAGAUGAUAUCAUUCAAGCAUCUCUUGGCUAGCUUUCCUAUUGAUUGCAAAGCUGCUGCAACAAUCGAGGAAAUCUCUCCUCAUCUGUGUUUCAUAUGCCUGCUACAUUUGGCCAAUGAGCAUGGACUGAGCAUCCGUGGUUGUCCCAACAUGGAUGAUCUUGGUAUUCAACUUCCUCACAACAGAUAAGCACAGCACAGGUGAAGUGAUUUAUAUCAUCCCUCACCUCAUACUGCUUGUAAAAAUGUUUGUUAACCUGUUAGCUCGGCAACAACUGAGGUGCCGAGCAACUGGAAGUCUUGUAAGCCUGAUCUUGUUCUUACAUCUAAGUAGGUUGCUAAAACACUUAACUCAAAACUUGAGAAAUUGGUGCUCUGUACGUCAUAAAGCCCGGGUGCUUUCUGAACUUUGUCAUUUUUGUGGAAAGCAUUAUUGUUUCUGAUCCCUGGUGCACAUUUUACACAACAGAAUUGGAUUAAUGUUACUUCUAAAUCUUUUAAUUAGAUUAUGAAUAUCAGAAAAUGUCUUCCUCCAUAUAUUGUUCACCGACAUCUUACAGUUUUGUUAAAAUGCCACUACUUGGGAUUGUCAUCAAUGCUGAUUCAGAUAUUUUCAUCAUGGGUAAACAAAUGGAAAGGUCAUGAUAAUUGAUAAGUGGCUCAUAUCUGAGAUUUAGGGAUUACUGGGUUCCUGACUUGCAGCUUGUUUGUUUCUAUUUUAAGUUUUAU